AGAGAUAGGUGACGGGUGUCCUGGAAUACCUGCUAAUAGUUUACCAAUAUAUUUUCUUAAGAUGUCUUAUGAAGUUAAUGAGUGCCGAAAAAUUGAGACCCUUGAAAAUUUGGACCUGGAUUUUGAGGGUGACGUCACAGAACUUGAAACUUUUGGAGUAAACACCACCAAACCAUCGAAGUCACCGAGUCCUGCAAGCACUUCCACAGUACCCAACACAACAGAUAUUCCCACAGCUCCCAGCACAGCAGCCACAUCUGUGGUACCAACCGCACCAGACAUUUCUGCUCAUUCUAGAAGUUUAUCUCAGAUUCUGAUGGAACAGUUGCAGAAGGAGAAACAACUGGUGACUGGUAUGGAUGGUGGCCCUGAAGAGUGCAAAAAUAAAGAUGAUCAGGGAUUUGUACCAUGUGAUGAAAAGGCAUCAAAUUCUGACAAGUUUUUGAUGCAGGAUAAUGACUUGAAAACAUCUGAUUCCUUACAGUUAGAAAGUUCUACAGAAAUUGAAACCUCUCAUAAAAAUGAUUUGGCUACUGAUACGGUAUAUGCCCCUGAAAAACUAAAUGUUCUGGAGAACUCAGACAAUUCAAAGGAAAAGACUGUUACCUCAGAAGCAGUAAGAAGUGAAGAUGUAAUUCUUUGCAAUAGUGAUACAGAUGAAGACUGUUUAAUCAUUGAUACAGAGUGUCAAAAUAAUAGUAAUGGAAAGACAACUGAUAUGAAUUCUAAUUUAAGUUCUAAACCAGCUAGCCCCAAUUCUUCUUCAGCACAGGCUUCUGUAGGAAACCAGACUAAUGCUACCUGUAGUCCUGAAGAAUCAUGUGUUUUAAAAAAACCUAUCAAACGAGUAUAUAAAAAAUUUGAUCCAGUUGGAGAAAUUUUAAAAAUGCAGGAUGAACUCCUAAAGCCAAUUUCCAGAAAAAUACCUGAAUUGCCCUUAAUGAAUUUGGAAAAUUCUAAACAACCUCCUGCUUCUGAGCAAUCCUCUGCUCCUUCAGAUGCCUCUGGUUGGCCAAAAUCUGUAUGGCCUUCUGCGUUUCAGAAGCCAAAAGGACGAUUGCCGUAUGAACUACAGGACUAUGUUGAAGAUACAUCAGAAUAUGUAGCUCCUCAGGAAGGAAAUUUUGUUUACAAGUUAUUUAGCCUACAAGACCUAUUGUUACUUGUGCGAUGCAGUGUCCAGAGGAUAGAGACCAGACCACGUUCUAAAAAACGGAAGAAAAUCAGAAGACAAUUUCCAGUUUAUGUACUACCAAAAGUGGAAUAUCAAGCUUGUUAUGGAGUUGAAGCUCUGACUGAAAGUGAACUUUGUCGCUUAUGGACUGAAAGUUUAUUGCAUUCCAACUGCUCAUUUUAUGUUGGGCAUAUCGAUGCAUUUACUUCAAAACUUUUUCUGUUAGAAGAAAUUAGCUCAGAAGAAUUAAAAGAAAAACUUUCAGCACUCAAGAUUUCAAGUUUAUUUAACAUUCUCCAACACAUUCUAAAGAAAUUGAGUAGCUUGCAGGAGGGUUCCUACUUGUUGUCUCAUGCAGCAGAAGAUUCUUCACUCCUGAUCUACAAGACCUCUGAUGGAAAAGUUACUAGGACAGCCUACAAUUUGCAUAAAACACAUUGCAGCCUUCCUGGUGUGCCUUCUAGUCUCUCAGUUCCCUGGGUCCCUUUAGAUCCCAGUCUGUUAUUACCAUAUCAUAUCCAUCAUGGAAGAAUACCUUGUACUUUCCCACCUAAAUCACUAGGCCCCACACCACAACAAAAGGUUGGUGGAACAAGAAUGCCUACACGCAGCCGUAGGAAUCCAGUUUCCAUGGAAACGAAAAGUCUGCCUGCUCAGCAAGUUGAAAAUGAAGGAGAAGCUCCAAAUAAAAGAAAAAUAACUUAAGGACUCUACUAUGGAAAAUGAGGAAGAACUAGUUGUAACAACGUUCACUUUAGAAAAGUUUGAGGGGAAAUAUGCCUAGAAGAUCAGUGGACAAGAUGAACAUUUUUCUUUUAGUGUCCUUGAGAGUUCUUAGAGUGCCUUGAAAAAAUAUAUUGGCUAUGUGAAGGAAUGUUUCAGCUAAAAUGGAAUGUUAUACUCUUAACAUGAUGUUUGAGAAGAAUCCAGAUAUGUUUUAACAGUAUCAUGGCAGGGAAACAUAGAGAAGAGAAAUAUUUUUAUAGUAGACCUUUUCCAAAAACUGUUAAAUAGGAAAAUAAUUUGCUUUUUUCAAGAGCAAUAUUUAUCAUUGUAUGUAAUGUUAGUAAUUUGAAUUAUAUCACCAGUCUGUUGAGAUUGGCUCAAAAAGUUGAAUCUUGCCACUAUCAGAGAUAAUUUUGAGCCAAUGUAAACCUUGCUUCUGACCCAUUGUGACAGUUUUUAUAUACUAUUUUAAAACGAUGAUUGUUGCAAGUUAAUAAAGUUAACAUCUUUAAAAACUUGAUGAAAUUCCAUUGCACAAGCCAAAAAUUAAAAUUAAAAAUAAAAAAGUUCAUGCUCCUGAAAAAGUCACAAGUUAACAAUUUCUUGUUGGUCAGCCAUCAGUUUGUUUUUAAAAAAACAAACCUUCUGUGGUGUUAUAGGUUUGGUGAUAGAUCCCUCUAUCUCUUGGCACAAAUUUCAGCUGAGUGUUCAAAUAAUGCUACUGAAAGCAGAGAUGAGUGUGUUUUCCAGAAAAAGCUCAUCAUUUCAACUGACAAGAUACUACAUUUUUUACAAAUUGAAGGUUUGUGGCAACCCUGUGUUAAGCAGAGUCAGUGUUGGCAAGGAUGUGAUGAACCUGGUCCACUUACACCUAUGGUGAAGGAGCUCACAUUCUAGUGGAGGACACAAUACUGAUCUAUGGAACAACAGAGGACAUACAAAUUCAGAUUAAAUAAUUUUAAAGAUACCAUAUUUCAAAACCUCUUGAAAACAUUCUACCUGGCAGCCAAAACUUGUCUGGACAAACCUGUUUUUCCUGAUGUGGCCAAAAAAAAAAAAAAGUCUUUUCUUUCACACAACUUUUGAGGUCUCAUCAUCUGCAGCUGUGUGGGGUCAUGUUGGAGUUUGUUCUAGCUAUCCAGAAUACUCAACAAUGCCACUGGCUCUGAAAAGGGACUGGUGGUGUUAAUCCAUUUUGAUAGAGACCUACAUGAUGCCAAUGUCAGUCAUAGGAAACUGUAAUCAACUUGGUUGGCUAUUUCCUUGGCCAUGGAGAAUUGGUUUUUGAAACUCUUUUUGAUGUAUAAGUACCUCAUCCAUAGUGACAUGUCUAAUAAGAAGUUGGUAUGGCCAAGGUCAAUGACAAGUGUUCUUAGAAGAGGAGAAGGCACAGAAACAGAGAAGGCGGCCACGUGAAGAUGGGGAAAGAUCAGAGUGAUGCAGCCACAAGGAACGUUGACAGCCACCAGAAGCUGGAAGGGACAAGGAAGGGUUUUUUUCUUAGAGCUUCCAGAGGGAGUACAGCCUUGCUGAUACGUUGAUUUCAUACUUCUGGCCUCUAGAAUUGUAAGAGAAUACAUUUCUGUUGUUUUAAA